AGAAGAAGAAGAAGACGAGGAACAAGGAAACAAUUUAAUACAGGGAGCUUUUAGGCUUCCUUUUGUUUUUAUCGUAGGAGCUAAUAUAAGUCCUGUUUUGUGUAUAUUUAUUUCGUUAUUGGGCAGAUUAGGCGGAAGUGGCGCACUGUGAAAACGAAAGCUGAAUUCUGGUUGAAGACAACGGGGAAAUUUGACAAUGUAUGCACCACCGGGUGCCACUGUUCCUGGAAGCCGGCGAAGGAGAGGUGGUACCGCACUGCCCAAGCAGCCAGAGCGAAGCCUGGCAUCUGCCCUCCCCGGAGCACUCUCCAUCACCGCACUAUGUACAGCUCUGGCCGAACCAGCUUGGCUUCGAGUUCAUGGAGGAACGUGUCCUAGGCAGGAACUUGGAGUAGCUGAUGUCCUGGGAUACAUUGACCCAAAACUCCUGGAGGGUUACUGUGUCAACUCCCAGACCAUCUUGCUGCUUAGGGUCAUUGCCGCCUUCUGUUUCCUGGGAAUCCUUUGCAGUCUGACAGCUUUCCUGUUGGAUGUCUUCGGCCCCAAGCACCCUGCCCUCAAGAUCACUCGCAGAUAUGCAUUUGCUCACAUUCUCACAGUGCUGCAGUGUGCUACAGUGAUUGGGUUUUGCUACUGGGCUUCAGAGCUCAUCUUGUCGCUACAGCAGCAGCACAAGAUGUACCACGGGUCCCUCAUCUACGUUACUUUUGCCAUUAGCUUUUACCUGGUGGCAGGGGCUGGUGGGGCCUCCAUUCUGGCCACAGCUGCCAACCUGCUACGCCACUACCCCACAGAGGAAGAGGAGCAGGCUCUAGAGCUUCUGUCAGAGAUGGAAGACAGCAGCGAAUCAUAUCCUGCUGAUUAUGACAUUGCCAACCAGUUUCAGCCACCACCUGCAUACACGCCUUAAUGUAGCCCACCCAGUUGCUUUCUUUUAAAUCCAUGCUUAUUUGUAAGCACCUAUUGGGCUCGUAACAAACACAUACAGGUAUGUGAUCCAAUAACUGUACCAAAUGGAUAUUUUCUGCAGAUACUCUGCUUUCCAUAACAAACUCCAUACACAAUGGGACACACUUAUUCCUUUAUUGUGGGUUCUUGAGUGCAUGAAAGUUUCCCUCUUCGGUGGCAGACAUUCAAUGCUUCAUCCUUUUUUUCACCUCUGAAACUUGGCUUUUAGUCAUUUGCAUUUGCAAUGCAUGGCAUUGAGGACUUGAGCCUUACAUGUAAAGCAAGAGAAACUGGUAAUAUAUGGGAGUUUUUUUAUGCACUAAUGUAUGGUUGGCUCUACAGCUGUUUUAUUAAAUGAUGACAUAAUG